AUGAUGCCACUGCGGAGACGUAUCCUCCUCACGCAGUGGAGGGCGCUGCAGCGGGCCGUGCAUACCAAAGGCCCUCCAGAUAUGCCGGCAGAAGUGGUCAAGCCGGGUUCUCCACCAACCGAGCUCACAGGCUCAGCCAAGCUGUUCGCGGACGCGUUGGUCGAGGAGAAAACCGAAACCGACGCUGCGGCCAAAAACGCCCGCGCACAUCUCGUUGAUUCCCAAGGUCCAAUUUGGACCGGCGAGGAGGCGCAGCGCGAUGCCGUCCUCCGUAUGAUAGUGGACAAGUACAAGCCACUCCGGACAGGCGAGGGGAUCAAGGACGACGCGGCCGAGAAGCGGAUCCGCAACUGGAUGAAGAAUCUGGAGAUGGCACCAAAGGCGACGACGGCGGCGGCCAACACAAUACCCGUGUCGUCGGAAGAGAGCAUACACACACCCAAGCUCCCUCCGCACCUCUUCCGCCCCUGGCACGCGACGUAUACCGGCGACAACGACGUGGUCGAGAGCCCCAAGGUCAAAUGGGGUCAUUUCGAGGCGCGCACCGCCACGGAUCUUAGCAAUCUCAUGGAAUUGCGACUGCCGUUCAACGUUGAUGGGACGGUAAGGAAAGCGCACCGCGACUUCCGGCGAGCGACAAAACUCCAGGGCCGGCUGGGAAGUGCGAGGGAGAACGCGAUCGAUUACCGCCUCGGCAUCCACGAUGGGGAUAUGACCCAUGUCGGUGCAGAGGAGGAGGAGAUGGAGGGGUUUAGUGGGAACCGUCAGAUUCGCGGGGAGAGUGUACUCGGUGCGCAGCGGGGAGGUGCGAGCGGGAUGCGCGCAUGGGCCGGCCUCGUCGAGGAGCGAAUCACUGCGGCACAGAACAAGGGCUUUUUCAACAACCUCAAGGGGACGGGCAAGCCGAUUGAGCGCGACCCGUCCGAGAUGAACCCGCUUCUAGGUCUCAGCGAGGUGUACAUGAACCGGAUCAUCAAGAGACAGGGCGCACUUCCUCCAUGGAUCGAGCUGCAGAAGAACUUGGACGCUUCCCAGGCAGCAUUCAGAUCCCUCCUUCUCGAAAGCUAUACCAAGCACAUGGUGCGCUCGAUCCUCGCCUCCAACCCUAUCGACCUGCUACCGACCUAUGAGCAGAUCCCAGGACGUGACGAGGCGUUUGAGGCUCGGCACGAAAAGUUCCAUAUCGAGAACGUGCGACAACUCAACGACACGCUGGGAAAAAUGAACGCACAGGCACCGAUGCCUAGCCGGCGCGGGCUGAUCCUCCUCGAGGCCGAAUUGGACCGGGUGCGCGGCGACGUGCUCCGCCAGAAUGUGUGGAACGAGCUCAAGAAGCGCGUGCAGGAGAUCAAGGAGAUCGAGGCAAUGGGCCCUGCCACAGGCCGCCUGCCGUUCCUCCAGACGCUCGAGAACGGCGCGUUCGCCAGGUUCGGGCGGCGCAUGAGCGCCCUCGUCUCCGGCUCGACUGGGGAACAGGCCAGUGGCGGCGGCACGUUGAGCGGUAACGGACACCCGGAAGCGGGCGGUGGCAAGGGCCUCAUCGUGCUCGCGGGGCUCACCCUCGCCGUCGUGCUGUACUUUAGAAAGCCAACGCUGAACGAGAGCCCAAGCCCGAUCUCGCACGAGGACCUGAUCCCCGUCCACGAGCAGCCCACGGUCCCGCCGUUCGUGGCGCUUUCGCCGUCCGAGCCGUCCGUUGGCGUGCUCGAGCUGUUCCGCGAAUACGUCCUCGAGCCGUUCCUAACCCUUGUGCGGUUCAUCCACCUCGCGCUCCUCUUCGGCCCCGUGAUCAUCACCGCGCCAAUGGUAUUUGUUGGUGCGCCGCCACGCCGCAAACCUGGUAAACCCAUCGCCGAGAGUGAGGAGAACUGGGGCGCAGUGUGGUGGUACGGCUUCCUGGUGAAUCAGAUGGAACGCGCCGGACCGAGUUUCAUCAAGCUCGGGCAGUGGGCGGCAUCCCGUGCCGACCUAUUCCCCGACGCGCUAUGUGUCAAGAUGAGCGAGCUGCACUCGUCCAACAGCCCCCAUCCAUUCCGGUACACGAAAAAAGUGCUCGAGCGGGCGUUUGGUUUGCCGUUCGACGAGAUCUUUGCCGAGUUUGAAGAUACGCCUAUCGGAUGCGGCGCCAUCGCACAGGUAUACCGUGCACAACUACGUCCCGAGAUUCUCAAACAGAGCAGCGCUGAGGCGGCAGCCCUAGCCCAAGAACUCGAGGCUGACCCCGACCGCCGCAUCGUGACCAGUGUAGCGAUAAAAGUCCUCCAUCCAAGAGUGGAGAAGCUGGUCCGCCGCGAUAUCCGCAUCAUGUCCAUCUUUGCGAAUAUCAUCAACGCCCUCCCGGAUAUGGAAUGGCUCUCUCUCCCUGACGAAGUGGCUGCUUUUGGAGACAUGAUGAACCAGCAACUAGAUCUCCGCGUCGAGGCGGCCAACCUGGAUCGAUUCCGGGACAAUUUCGCACACCGCCCGCGCACCGUUGCGUUUCCGCGACCCAUUCGAUUGGGGCCCGACAACGUGGCUGCCAACAGAGAAGUCCUAGUUGAGGAAUACGAGGACGCUUUGCCGCUCAAGUAUUUUCUGCGGAAUGGCGGCGGACCGUACGAUGAGAAAAUCGCCAAUCUCGGACUAGAUGCGUUCCUCGAAAUGCUCCUCCUCGACAACUGGACUCAUGGUGACUUGCACCCCGGCAACAUCAUGGUCCGAAUGGUCCGUCCUGAGACGUACCAUAUUAUCGGGCCAUUAUUCCAUCGGUUAAAAGGUGACACGCACAUUGAGCCCAGUAUACCGACUGAGAGUCGGCGCGAGACUGCCAUUGUCCACGAACUCCGAGCAUUGGCCGACGAGCCUGAUCUCUGGCUUGCCCGCCUCGACCAACUCUACACUCAAGGUCUCGUCCCUCAACUAGUCUUCAUCGAUGCCGGCCUAAUCACCAGUCUGGACGCGACCAACCGCCGCAACUUUCUCGACCUUUUCCAGGCCGUCGCAGAAUUCGACGGCUACCGAGCUGGCAAACUAAUGAUUGACCGCUGCCGUCGCCCCGACCUCGCCAUCGACGAGGAAACCUUUGCACUCAAAAUCCAGCACCUGGUCCUCAACGUAAAGUCCAAAACCUUCAGCCUUGCCAAAAUCAAAAUCUCCGACAUCCUCACCGACGUGCUGGUGGCGGUGCGGCAACACCACGUGAAACUCGAGGGCGAUUUCGUCAACACUGUCAUUUCCAUUUUGCUGCUGGAAGGAAUCGGACGCCAACUCGAUCCAGAUAUGGAUCUGUUCAAGUCUGCCCUGCCGAUUCUGCGCCAGCUCGGACGACAGAUUGGGACACGGGAUAUCGUCGAUGUGAAUGCGGGGAGUCUCCUGGCAAUGGCCAAGCUUUGGAUUUGGGCAGAGGCGCGUGGAGCAGUGGGCGAGGCAAGUCAGAUUGACCAGUGGGUCAAGUAUGAUUGGUUGUCGCCCGGGAUUUAG